GACAAUCCGAAAACCGUAAACCGUGAGACAAGCAGGAGAUCGUGGAAACCGUGAGGUCCAGAGAAUAAAGGGAAAGGAGACGGGAGGACAGGGUUGAGGACGGGAGGAACAGGAAAGGUGAUCCUCGCUGCGCCGAGGAGGGCGUGACAAGUGUGAAGGAAGUACAAGUAUGAGGUAAUCCCUACGUAGCCGAACCACUUUUUAAGGGAGUGGAAUACUGUUGUAAAAAUCCCUGUCUUUGAGUGUAAUGAGAGCAGCCACUCCUGUAGUCCAGUCUAUCAAAGGUCAUCACCAGGCGAGGACCUAUCAUAUGAGGGUGUCGGGCUUAUGCAAAGUGUGCUGCGUUGGAAUUUAAACUUUGUCCCGCAGAGCAGUUGUGCUGGGUCUCACAUGCAGCACUUUGCGAUAGUAACAACUGGCAAUUCGCUAAAUAAACAAAAUACUGCUGCUUGUACUGUAGAACAAGUGGAAGAAUGACACACUACUCAGGCAAGGACUCUCAUGGGGUAGAGCUGUUAGAUCUGCUGUUUGAUCAGACUGAUGGGAUCCUACGUCACGAGGAACUGGGAUGCCAUGACAACGAACCGUGGCCAAUCACAGAGCACUGCAUGCCGAGCAUCGCUGAUGGCAGCGACGACUUCAUCAACGUCCUGCUAAGCGGCUGUGACUCUGUGUCGGAUUCUGCCCAGUGGUCUCCCUCUCCUAGUGACAGUGGCAUCAGCGAGGACCCCCAGUCAGAUAACAUGGACAGCCCCCCACCCCCUGACAGCCCACCACUGGAUUCACAUUUUUAUGGCUGUAUGCAAACACCUAUCAAGGCUGCUUUGGGAAUGGUGGGGCCCAGCGUUGCCCGUGGUCUGGAUGCCUGGCAGUCUGGCUUUUUCCCAGGGACCUCUGGGGGCAUGCAGCAUACCCCAGAUGUUCACAAGACCCAGCAGUCUUUGGGACUUGCCCUCACGGUGAAGGAUCUGCUGCUUUCCGGCACCAUGGAACCGCUGCAGCAGCCAUCCCAGCAAGGUGUCCAGGAACUGAUCCUCAGUGAGGAUGAGAAGAAACUGCUGGCCAAGGAGGGUGUGACUUUGCCCAGCCAGCUGCCCCUCACCAAGUUUGAGGAGCGGGUCCUGAAAAAGAUCCGCAGAAAGAUCCGAAACAAGCAGUCGGCACAGGAGAGCAGGAAGAAGAAGAAGGAAUAUAUUGAUGGCCUGGAGAGCAGGAUGGCAGCCUGCAGUGCACAGAACCAGGAGCUGCAGAGGAAAGUCUUCCAGCUGGAAAAGCACAACAUGUCUUUGAUGGAGCAGCUGCGCAGGCUGCAGGCCUUGGUGAUGAACAGCUCCAAUAAGGCGGUCCAGACGGGGACUUGCAUCCUGGUGCUGCUUCUCUCCUUUUCUCUCAUCCUCGUCCCGAGCCUGCAGCCCUUCUCCGACAGCCGGGUCAGCCGGGAGGGAGACUUUAGCCCGGUGAGAGUCCAGUCGAGGUCCCUGCACCACGUGCAGUCUUCGCGGGUCGUCCACAUCCUCAACCAGCCCUAUUCUGUGCCAGAGGAGCCCAAAGGGCUCGAGAAGAUCAGAUCCCUGCUGAGUAGGCCUCAUGCGGUGCAGAUGUCAUCUGAUUCGGACACCAUCUCUCACAACAGCAGUGUGGAGCAGCAAGGCCACUACGAUGGAGACCCCAUCACAGGUCAUGUGACCACCAUGACCUGGACGGCACGCCGCAGCAAGCCCCUGCAGCCCCAUGCUGAUGACAUGUGACUGCAAGA